CCUGCACGAUAAAUCUUGGUCGACAGCGUGGCUGUUGGCCACGGACCUGGACUCCCCUGUGGCUUUCUAAGUGGAGAGCGUUUGGUGUGCGUUGUCCCAGCCUGCGGCUUGCAUCAUGCCGGCGUUGUCAACAGGAUCCGGUAGUGACACAGGUCUGUAUGAGCUGUUGGCUGCCUUGCCAGCCCAGCUGCAGCCACAUGUGGAUAGCCAGGAAGACCUGACCUUCCUCUGGGACAUGUUUGGUGAAAAAAGCCUGCAUUCACUGGUAAAGAUUCAUGAAAAACUCCACUACUAUGAGAAGCAGAACCCCGUGCCCAUCCUCCACGGCGCAGCGGUCUUGGCCGAUGAUCUGGCCGAAGAGCUUCAGAACAAGCCAUUAAACAGUGAGAUCAGAGAGCUGUUGAAACUGCUGUCAAAACCCAAUGUGAAGGCUUUGCUCUCUGUACACGAUACUGUGGCUCAGAAGAAUUACGAUCCGGUAUUACCUCCUAUGCCUGAUGAUAUCGAUGAUGAGGAAGAUUCCGUAAAAAUCAUUCGUCUGGUCAAAAAUAGAGAACCGCUGGGAGCCACCAUUAAGAAAGACGAGCAGACGGGGGCCAUUAUUGUGGCCAGAAUCAUGAGAGGAGGAGCUGCAGACAGAAGUGGUCUUAUUCAUGUUGGUGAUGAACUUAGGGAAGUGAAUGGGAUUCCAGUUGAAGAUAAAAGGCCUGAAGAAAUAAUUCAGAUUUUGGCUCAGUCUCAGGGAGCAAUUACAUUUAAGAUUAUACCCAGCAUCAAAGAGGAGACGCCGUCUAAGGAAGGCAAGAUGUUUAUCAAAGCCCUCUUUGACUAUGACCCUAAUGAGGAUAAAGCGAUUCCAUGUAAGGAAGCUGGGCUUUCUUUCAAAAAGGGAGAUAUCCUUCAGAUUAUGAGCCAAGAUGAUGCAACAUGGUGGCAAGCGACACAUGAAGGUGAUGCCAAUCCCAGGGCAGGCUUGAUUCCCUCAAGGCAUUUCCAGGAAAGGAGAUUGGCUCUGAGACGACCAGAAAUAUUAGUUCAGCCCUUGAAAGUUUCCAACAGGAAAUCAUAUGUGGAAACAGUUGAGUGUGAGGAAAUUAAAGAAGAUGCUGAAUAUGCUGGUAGCCACAGUGGAACCUAUAUAGCUGGUUUUAGGAGAAGUUUCCGUCUUAGUAGAAAAGAUAAGAAAACAAAUAAGUCCAUGUAUGAAUGCAAGAAGAGUGACCAGUACGAUACAGCUGAUGUGCCUACAUAUGAGGAAGUGACACCCUAUCGGCGGCAAACUAAUGAAAAAUACAGACUUGUUGUCUUGGUUGGUCCCGUAGGAGUAGGUUUGAAUGAACUGAAACGAAAACUGCUCAUCAGUGACACACAACACUACGGUGUGACAGUGCCCCACACUACCAGAGCAAGAAGAAGCCAGGAGAGUGACGGUGUGGAAUAUAUUUUCAUUUCCAAGCAUUUGUUUGAGACAGAUGUACAAAAUAACAAGUUUAUUGAAUAUGGGGAAUAUAAAAACAAUUACUACGGCACAAGUAUUGACUCAGUUCGUUCUGUCCUGGCGAAAAACAAAGUUUGUUUGUUGGACGUGCAGCCUCACACAGUGAAACACUUAAGGACCCUAGAAUUUAAGCCCUACGUGAUAUUUAUAAAGCCUCCAUCAAUAGAGCGUUUGAGGGAGACAAGGAAAAAUGCAAAGAUUAUCUCAAGCAGAGAUGACCAGGGUGCUGCAAAGCCCUUUACAGAAGACGACUUUCAGGAAAUGAUUAAAUCUGCACAGAUAAUGGAAAGUCAAUAUGGCCAUCUUUUUGACAAAAUUAUAGUAAAUGAUGACCUCACCGUGGCAUUCAAUGAGCUAAAGACAACUUUUGACAAGUUAGAGACAGAAACCCACUGGGUUCCAGUGAGCUGGUUACAUUCAUAACUAAGGGAGGUCCUAUGAGCAUCUUUUCUGCAGAGUGCAUGAUGGAAUCAGUUACCAUUUUGGUGGUAGGGUUUUUUUUUUAAUCUAUAUCACUGUUGUAGAUGUGCAAUCUUGGUUAAAACUGAAUGCUGGUUUUGUUUGUAUCUUUUUGCAGCCUUAUUUCAAACACAAUAUUUGAGUAUAAGAUCCAAAAUCAAAAUCCACACAGCACCGUAUUCUGAGCAGAGCUUUGAACCUUCUGAUUGUCUUUAACAUGCAGUUCUAGCUCCAAGAUGAGGUUGGACGUUUUAGAGAGAAAUAGCUAGAGAAUAGAUAUUGGAGUUCAGUGCUUCAGUUGGUCUCAGACGUGGGCCCUGCCAUCAAGUUUGUGGGUUAGCAGUUGAAAGGUAUUAAGUUAGCAGCCUUGAACAGCUCCAAAGAAACAGGACAUCUUUGCUCUUCUUUGGAUGGGUCAUUAUAGAUUUACCGAGGCUAACAGUAAGGCAUCCCCUUAUUAUUUUAAAGUGCAACCUUUUUCUUACAUAUAUACAAUAUAUUCACAGUGGCCUUCGUGUUAUAGCUUGAGAAGGCCUUUUUAUGACUACAUAUCAGUGACUCAAAUGUUUAAGAAGGGAAGAUGGACUUUUAAAAAUGAUUAUAUCCGUAACUAAAAGCCUUUCCUUAUGUAUUAAUCUUUAUCAGGAUGGUAAUAUCUUGGGGCAAGUAACGAUUAUAAAGGACGUUUUUAUUUGUCAAUCCUCAAACAGGAGUUCUAGAGUCACCAAAGAGGUGAUUCUAGCUGGCUUUGGAUUUUCCCAAUAAAUUGUAAGAAUGUGAUACCUAUUCUAAAAGUAGAU